AUGGCAAGCACUGAUAUCGUCCUGCAAUGGGUAUAUCCCCCCGAGUCUACCAACCCAGAUAGACGGACUUUCCGAAUCAACCAGAUCGUGGAGGGAUCGACGGAGCCAGUUCCGAUGUACAAGUUCCAACACCCCAACACUGGAACGAACACCGGAGUUACCGAGAUAUCGCGCAAGAACGCCGCCACUCAGCGGUGGGAACACGCUGGCCAACUAGACUGGCUUUCGGACCACACCGCAAAUGUCAUGUUCGGGACUGAACGCGUCCACAUGAGGGAGUUGCGAAAGAUGAAGAAGCAGUCUAGCAAAUCCCGCCGGUUCAAAGCGGGGGGCUCCGAGUACAAGUGGAAACAGGCAGAGAACGGGAAAGAUCUCUUCUGCGUGAGUACCAGGGGCAAAGUAGUUGCCACCUGGUCGGACGAUCAGUCUCAGCUGCGCGUUACUGACCGGGGAGAAGGCAUCCUUGAUCGCGUGGUGGUUACAUGUUUCCUCAACUCAUGGAUGAACGGAUUGAAACUAUGGUGA